AUGGAGAUGACUAAUGGUCCGACGAUGGCAAAACUAAUUUUGAAGAGGAUCCUUAUGAAGGAGAUCUUGAGCCAGUACCACCAGACCCAUACCAAGAUGAAAACAUCUCUACUGACUGGUCCAGACAAGAGGCUGGGUUAUAAGAAGGCUAUGAAGUCUCAACUUGACGCCAAAGAGAACUCAUGGGAGGCUCAAACCCAUCCUGAUUCCGAUCAAGACAUAGAAGAAAGGCCAUGGACUGAAGUACCAUACUCUGAUCAUGAGACAAGACAAGCACUGUCCUUCAAGCUUUACCAAGACAAUGGAUCAUGGUAUCAGAAAUCUGAUUCUCAAAUCAGUGAUGAUGAAGCAAGGCAGUCCAUCCGUAAGGUUGAGAUCCAUGGAGAUGAUCUAGGCAUGCCUGAAGAGGAGGAAGCCAUACGCAAGGCUGGAAGAAAUGUUAAAGAAUUCCAACUUGUCUUGGCUGAAGAGGAAGAAGUUGAAAGUGAUACCGGAAGAACUGUUACUGAGCUUGAAGAGCGCUCCAUCAACUUUUCUGGUUAUAACAAAGAAACUGCUGCUUAUCAACAAUGGGAGGACAACUUGAAAGCCAAGUACCACAAUUACCAACUAUCUGAUGAGGAGGCUGAUGACGAAUCUGUUGACACUUGGGAAGAUUUCAGACUAGAAAUGAAGAGAUUGGUUGAGAAGGCUGAGAAGGAAACUGCAGCCCAAUACCACCAGCCCCAAAAGAAUGAUAUCCACGCUGGCUAUAUUCUCACCUCAACCACAAGUCUUAAUGGUGUAAACAAGCAAGCGUAUCAUCAUCACUGCUCACAAAAGAGAAAGCCAGCCAUACAAAAUCAAACUAUCAAGCAAGGAAAGAGUUCACAGACGAGUUCCCUACAAUCUAUAACAGAGCCAGCAAUCAGUGUAAGGACAAAAGGGGUUGUGGCUGUAACUUCCGCCACUUGA